GGACGUGGCGGCCCCGCCUCAGGCCCUGCCCCGCGCCGCAGCCAUGGCGGAGCAGAUCCUGGUCACCGGCGGCGCUGGCUACAUCGGCAGCCACUGCGUCCUGCAGCUGGCCGAGGCGGGCUACGCGCCGGUCGUGGUGGACAACCUCCACAACGCCAUCCGAGGCCCGGACGCGCUCCCCGAGAGCCUGCGUCGCGUGCAGCUCCUGGCCGGGCACCCCAUCGCCUUCCACGAGCUCGAUGUCACCGACGGGGUCGCGCUGCGGGAGCUCUUCGGCAAGCACCGCUUCUCGGCCGUGGUGCACUUCGCGGGGCUGAAGGCCGUGGGCGAGUCUGUGCAGAAGCCCCUGGAGUACUACCGGGUGAACCUCACCGGCACCGUCUGCCUACUGGAGGCCAUGAAAGCCCACGGCGUGAAGAACAUCGUGUUCAGCAGCUCCGCCACCGUCUACGGGGACCCCAAGUACCUGCCGCUAGAUGAGAACCACCCGGUCGGAGGCUGCACCAACCCCUACGGCAAAUCCAAGUACUUCAUCGAAGAGAUGAUUCGAGAUCUCUGCAAAGCAGAGAAGGACUGGAAUGCCGUUCUCCUGCGCUAUUUCAACCCUAUCGGUGCCCACGAAUCUGGCAUGAUUGGAGAAGAUCCUCAGGGCAUCCCAAACAACCUCAUGCCCUAUGUGGCGCAGGUGGCAGUGGGGCGCCGGGAAUUCCUGAGUGUGUUUGGGAAUGACUACGAGACGACUGAUGGAACAGGUGUCAGGGAUUACAUUCACGUCGUGGAUUUGGCCAAGGGCCAUAUCGCAGCUCUGCAGAAGCUCAAGGAGAACUGCGGCUGCAAGAUUUACAACCUCGGCACCGGCACCGGCUAUUCAGUCCUGCAGAUGGUCCGUGCCAUGGAGAAAGCCUCAGGGAGGGAGAUCAAGUACAAGAUCACAGGGCGGCGGGAGGGCGAUGUGGCCUCUUGCUACGCCAACCCGGAGCUAGCUGAGCGUGAGCUGGGCUGGAAAGCUGCCUUUGGCCUGGACAAGAUGUGUGAGGACCUGUGGCGGUGGCAGCUGCAGAACCCCACGGGCUUCAGCAAGAACUGAGCCCUGGCCUGGGGCUUGCCCACCGGCUGAGGCUGCGGCCAGCCUGGGUGCGGGUCCUGUCCCCCCUGCCCGCCUCACACCCGGGACAGGGGGGCAGGAGCAGGCGCGAGCUUCCUCCCCUUCUCCUCUCAGGUCCUAAGCAUCUCACAGAGCAGCGCCACAAGGACAAGACAGCCAGGGCCCAGCCUUGGCACCCAGGGCACCAAAUCCCCUCGUGGGAAUGCCCGGGGGCUCUUGCAAGCCCCAGCAAGGAGGAGGUGCUGGGCUGGGACCUGCAGCCAUGGGCGAGGCUGCCCCUGGGUCCUGCCAAGUGCCCCAGAAAGCUGCAUCCAUUGUUCAAAGGGGUGAGCCUCGCUGAGACCAACUACAGGGGAGCUGCCCCUUCUCUGCUGCCCCAUUCCCCAGGAGGCUUCUGGGCCCUGAGGGGAGGAGGUGAGGGCAGGGCAGUGCUGCCCAGCACCUCUGUUGUGGCCUCAGGCCCCAGGUGUCCCUGUCCCCCUUGUCCUGAGGCUGACUGCCCCAGGAGACCACCACAGGGCAUUCCCUCCAGCCCCAGGGACUAGGCCCUGCUGGCUGCCAGGGGCCACCCCCUCCUCCUUCCUGCCCUCCCUUGUGGCUUCAGGGACCAAUGCUCACCUCCCAUGUGCUCUGAUGGACCCCUGCUGAGGGCUGUGGGGGGGCUCAGGUGUCUGCUUCUGCUUCUAUGGGGCCUGAGCAGCCACUUCCGUAAUCACGUUGCCAAAGGCUGCCCAGGAGAAGGCUCUGCUCUGCUGACAACUCGGGAUCCUAUUUAUUACGGCAGUGACACCAGCUGUGUUAGGCUGAGGCUGGUGCCAGCCCGGUGUGCUGUCCCUUAGAUUAAUAACUUAAAUUAUGACUUGAGCUUUUGAUUUGUUUCUAAAUAAACUUUCUUACUUUCUAA